UUUUAGGAUUAAUUAUAAUAAAUGACUGGUGGCAGUGCAGAAGUUUCGAAAAAAAUUCGAGCUGCUAUAAAGGCUAAAUUAGAAGAGCUCGGUGUAUAUGUAGAUGAAGAAUUACCUGAUUAUAUAAUGGUGAUGAUUGCGAAUAAAAAGGAGAAAACACAGAUGAAGGAAGAUUUGUUACUUUUUCUGGGCAAAAAUUCUGAAAAAUUUGUGGACUGGCUCUUUGACAUUUUUGAACGUUUACAAUCAGCCACUAUUCCAAAUGCUGUCCAGGAAUCAAACGAUAUCAAACGGAGGGAUAAUGAAAGUAGCGGUCAUCGAAAAGAACUAGAAAAUUCCAGUAAAAGAGAAAAAGAGAAGACAAUAGACAAAAAGAAAAAGCAAGAAAGCUCUAGUUCGAGAACUGUAUUAAAAGAACACGAUAGAAAGGAAAAGGAGAGGCAGCGCGGAAUGAAAGAAUCUGAAAGAAGGGAAAGCGAGAAACGUACUGGCAUUGCAAAGGUUGUGAAGUCAAAGCCAUCACGUAGAACAAAAUCUCCUGUUUUGCCUCCAGAAAAGAUGCAUCGUCGGAAGAAACCGGAAAGUCCAGAACAUCGAGCAACUGUACGUUUCGGAGUAAGACGAAAUGAUGGUGAUAGAUAUGAUCGAAAAUUUUCGCAAGUUAGAUCUGAUGGCAGGGCAGAAAAAGAGGCAAAAGAAGACGCAAAAUAUUCUAAAAGACGAAAUGAUGAAGAGGAUAAACGAGCUAAGAAGGAUAUUUGUGCAAGCAAGAUAUCGGGUGAUUCGGGACAAGAUAUUCUACAGCGAAAGCGAAAGGCGCAGUCUCGUUCACCAUCACUGGAGGAGAAUGUUGACGAAGAGGAACGCAUUGCGGCGGAAGAGUCUGCUCGCAUUUUGAGAAGCAAAAAGGUGCAGUCAUCUGCCGUCGUUAAAUUACCACCAGAGCCAACUGUAAAAUCGGUAUCUUCUCAAGUAAUUGUGAAACGAAAACUGCCUGAAAAAGAAGUAACGACUAAGCAGUCUCGUGGCGUGAAGUCACUGUUUUUGAAAGCGAUUAAGGAAGCGGGCGAAACAACAAGAACAGCGAGCCAAAUUGCUGGUUAUGGUAGCGGGUUAACAAUGAAAAAAGAGAAAGAAAUAGCUGAUCAUGGGAAGCAUAAACAGAAUGAUAUGAAUGUUUUAGAUGAAGAGGAGGGUAUUGAAAUCGAUGUUUAUGAUGAUAUUGGUGACGCGUUGGUUGUCAUGCCGGACGAAUCAAGUGGUGGAAAUAAUAAUGGUCGUUCAAUCGUGCAGAAAGUUGAUGAAUGCAGUUUAAGUGAACCAGAAGUGGAAAGAAAACGCAUGCGGACAUACGGACCAAAUUCCGUUGAAGAGCCGAAAUUUUACAUUACUUUAAAAGGCAAUUCAAUCAGUGGUUUGGCUAAACGACUUACAAAAAUUGGUGAAGGAAAUGUUGAAUUUGUUAGCAAGAAGAAGGCGAAAAGGCGUAAGAAUGAAACGAAUCCAAUUUUGGCGCACCUGAACCUGUCACAACCAAGACAGAUAAGAAGAGAAGUGUCUCAUGAAAAAUCAGUUGCCAAUAGUAUGGAAAAUGAAGCAUGUCUGAUAGCACGUUCUAAUGAGGUUCCCAAUGAUUCGAAACCUUUACCUGCUUGGGAUUUGCAAAUACAACUGCCGGAAGAAGAUACCAGCGAUGACGGUGAUGAUGAUGAUGAUGGUGAUGAUGAAGCACGGAUUGAUGCUGUUCUCGCCAGUGCUCAAACGGUUGGUCAAGGCUUUGAUGAGGUACCGCCAACUCCAGCCCUAUCGAGUCCAUUGUUUCGUCCACAGACUCCGCCACCACAGCUUUUUUACAGUGCAUCACGACAAAAUGUAUUCAUUGCCAGUAGACAGAUAUCAAAUGCAUCAAUAGUUUCAUCAGCAGGAGCUGAAAAAAUAAUGGAACGCUGUAAAUUUUGGCCAAAUUGCUCUCUUCAAAACUGUGUAUAUAUUCACCCAAGUAAACCGUGCAGCAAUUUCCCGAACUGUUCGUUUGGUGACCGAUGUAUUUACAUCCAUCCGCAAUGCAAAUUUGGUCGUAUGUGCUUGAAUCCAAACUGUGUUUAUGCACACAUUUUGAAGGCAACGACGGCUAUAACAGUAGCUCCAUCACCUGAAAUGGGAGCACAGGCAUCGUUGAAUUCAGUUACACCAGCUGCUUCCUAUGCUUUGAACAUUCCAUGUAAAUAUGGUGGGAAAUGCGCGAAUGCCAGCUGUAGCUUCAAACACCCUAAGCUUUGUCGUUUCGGUGAUCGUUGUACGAAUCGUGCCUGCUAUUUCUGGCAUCCUAAAGCGAGUGCUGUUGCACUUCUUACUGCAGCAAGUGGGAAAUACCGAUGGAAAGCACCGAGUGUAGCGGCAACGUGAAUUGAUAUAAAUUAUUGUGAACUUCAGUAAAUUGGAGCAUGUGCUUGAUAUAGUUGACUUGAUUAUUCUGACUUUAAUUAGUUGUACAUUGUUGUGGGAAGUCCAAUAAAUCAAUUUAGUACUCUAUAAUUGCGA